AUGAAUACUGGAAAAUGCGUGAAAAUUGAUUCUAACCUUGUACUUAUACUCUCCAAUGACUGUGAUGGUCCAGCUGCUGCUAAAUGGACACACAACCCUGUUGCCAAACAUUUGAAGCUUCUUCCGACCACGAGUGGGGAUAGCAAAUGCUUUAGUCCAUGGAAACACCCCGUUGAACCGAAAGAUAUCACAGUUGUCCCUGGCUUGUCCAAUUGUCGUGAUUGGAAUAGAAUUGUGUUGGAGGCGGGACCAAGUAAACCUAGAAAUGUUACGCUGACUGUUAAUGGGGGCAAAAUAAUCGUUAAAUGGCUGCCACCUGAAGUCUCAUAUAGUAGUGUGGAUUACUACUUCGUGUUCUGGAGAAGAGAAAAUAGAAAUGGUAAUUUUCACAAGACAAAUGUUUCAGCCAGUCCUUUUAUUCAUAAUUUUGGAAAUGAAUUUGGGCAAUACACCAUAAAAGUCCAGGCUGUUGAUAACGAUGGUGUGGGGGAAGCCGCCUAUGUAAAAAACAUAACGAUAAAUCGUAAAACGAGGAUACAAGCUACGAAUAAGACCGUGUAUUUUACCGACAAUAUGACGACACUCAAGAAUCCAACUGUUGAGUCUAACUUGAAAAAAAAUAAGGAAUCAAGGCCCGACAAGAUCGCUAUUGCCGCUGGAGUGAUAAGCGCGACUUUAUUCCUCAUCCUUGCUGUAACUAUCUGUUUUUUCCUGUUGAAGAUAAUACGGAGAAGACGACGAAGAAAAUCCAUCAAGGAUUUUGAAUCUUUGCAAGCCGAAAUGAAAGAGAAAAGAGGACAUUACCCGUCGAGUACAGUUAACAAUUCAGAGAAAUCGAAGGAAAAUGACAAAUUACAGUCAGAAGAACUAACUUACGUUAGACUGUUGAAUAACUGGGAAAUUCCCCCCAACCGCUUAAAGGUUCUGGAUGAAAUACUUGGAAUUGGAAAGUUUGGGAUUGUGAAAAAAGGGUUAUAUACAGCUUCCCUAGGUGAAGAACCAGUACAGGUUGCUGUGAAAAUGUUAAAAAAUAAUCCGACGGAAUCUGAAGUGUCAGAUUUCGUAGAUGAGUUGGAGAUGUUGAAAAAAACUAACAAAGAACCACACCCAAAUGUCAUACGAUUUAUUGGAGCUUGUAUUUCAGAAGAGAAACUAAUGGUGGUGACAGAGUAUUGCUUUUGUGGUAAUCUACAAAGUUUUUUGAGGAAAAGAAGAGUUAUUGACAACUCUUCAACAUUUGACUCGAAGUAUGUCAAAACAACUUCGACUUUAGACAGUCGUCAACUGCUGAAAAUUGGCGUGGAUGUGGCAAGUGGAAUGGUGCAUCUUUCUGAACUGAAGCUGGUUCAUCGUGACUUGGCUGCACGAAAUAUUCUUAUCAGCUGUAACAAUAAUGUCGCAAAAAUUACGGACUUUGGGUUGACAAGGGAUAUUGCAAAUACUGAAGAAUAUAUGCGAACGAACCAGGACCUACUUCCAGUAAAAUGGAUGGCAUUGGAAAGUCUACUUUACGGUCGAUUUACGACUGCUAGUGACGUGUGGAGUUUUGGUGUCCUCCUUUAUGAAAUCGUAACUCUAGGAGAAAUACCAUACAAACAUUUAUCACCGUUUGUGAUUGUCAGCUACAUUAGUUCAGGAGGUCGAUUACAAAAACCGCCAAACUGUUCCAACGAAAUAUAUAAGAUAAUGAUGAAUUGUUGGGAUGUUGAUGAAAAGAAGCGACCAAGUUUUUUCCAAUUAAGAAAAGAUCUCCAUGAUAUGUUAAUAUAUGAUCAGAAAUCUUACAUCAAUGUACAACAAGUGAAGGAGGAAGAAUUACGAACAACGACCACCCCUUGUCACGUGACUGUUGAAGAUGAAGCAGCUAUAAAGCUCUAG